GGCAGCGCUGCGCAGCUGUCAAUUGUUUUGGCGGGCAUUAGGUGUGCUGUACAGUGUGGCAACAACAAAACCUUUUGGUAAAACAUCAAGCAAUAGUUCACCGCUGGGUAUGUGUGUUGUGAAUAAAAGUGAAUCGUGUGGGAAAACUAGGGUCCACACCUAAGGCCGCGUCCGCGACGCGCUGCCAAGGCGAAUGGCAAGCCAAGCAAAAGCAAAAGCAAAGCAGAGAGCCGAAGGAAAAGAGGACGCAUCCGAACCAAACAAGCGUUUAUUUUACACUUUGGCGAAUAUAUUGUGUGCUGCAAGCAUGUGCCGUUGAGCAGCAGACAUGGAAUCAAUUGUUUUGCAUUCGGAUGUGGCUCGUCUGGUAUUGGGUUACCUGGUGAAUCAGGAUCUGAAAAAAGCCGCUCACACACUGUGCCGCACAUCGCCGCACUUGCGGCAGGAAUGCGUUGCCCUCAAGCGGGGCCUGCAGACGCACAACUCCUGCUCUUGCGGCAGUACAGUUAACAUAUGUAUGCUUCUACUUUUAGUGGCCCGGGCUCUGCAGAAGCUGCCGCUGGAGCUGCGCCAUCAGUUGCAACAGCUCAAGCUAUCCGAGCGCGUCUUCGAGCUGAUGAACAUGGAUCGCAACUCGAACACCAGCAAGCCAGCAGCAGCAGCGGGGGCGACCACCAGCACACCCAGCCAGGCCACCAGCCACGUGCAUCGCAAAAGGAGACGCAUACGCACCCAAUCGCCUGUAGGAUUCUCGCCAUCGCCCACGUUAAGCAAGCGUCCGCGCCUCCUGCCACCUUACAUUUGCUGCAGCCUGAACCGCGAUAAGUCGCACAUAAGCGGCUUUCUGGCCAGCCAUGUGGACGACGAUGACGAAGUCGAAGCCGAAGAUCAGGAUGAGGAUGAGGAGGAGUCAGAGGCGGAGAGCACCUUGGCCAGCGAGGAUAUAGGAGAAGAGGAGAUGCCGCUAGAGCCGCGCAACAAUUCCACGCCACGUCAAAACAACGACGAGGCCGAGCCGGAGCUAAUGCUUACCCCACAAACAAUGCCAGAGCUAACGACGGCCAUUAUUAAUAAUCCCGAUUUUCGUGAGACUUUGGUCAAGAACAUCAAUGUGGCCCUGCAGACGGUGACCAUUAACAAUCCCACAGUUAGCUGUGAUGCUAUCCUGGACGGCCUGGUGCGUAACAUACUGGAGGCCACCGAGAAGGAUCCCUCAUUCGAUCGUAUCAUCCAAGAGGUAGUGGGUGCCGACGAACCAGACACAAUGGAAGGCCAACCCAUAGAAGAAGAAGCAGUAGCAGUAGCAGCAGCAACAAAAACAGCAGCCGCUUCUCCUUCAGUACAAUUAGUGGCGCAGGCACAGGCACAGGCAGAGGCAGAGGAAGUGAUUGAGCCUGCCAAUUACCCGGAACCACCACAAACACCGCUGAUCACACGCACUGCGGUGGCGGCUAAUUCAUGUGAUGAUCCCAACUUUUCCAUCUCCAAGCUGAUUGUCUUCAAUUCGAAUGAGAGUGUCCAGAAGCUGGUCAGAGCAGCAGAUCCCACCGGCAGCGCCGCCUCCACCAAUGUGAGCUUCACCAGUGAGAACCUUAGCCUGAACUUCGAUCCUGGGGCAAUGCUGACAGAGGCAGAGGCUGCCGCCGCGGCUGGACAACUGACCUUUCCCAUGUUCUACUCGAAUGGAGGCAUGCUCUCCCAUCUGCCGUUUCUGGUGAACAACGAGUGGGUGGCCCAGCAGCUGGGCCCGGAUGCCUUCGCCAAUGCAGAGGACUCUCACAUAGAGAUCUCGCUGCCAGAGCCCAUUACCUUUACAGCCGACCAGCUGCCGCCCAAUUCGAUAAUCAUCAACAGUGCCCAGAAGCAGCCACCGUUGAUGCCACCCUCCCAGCUCAUCGAUGAAACGGCGGCGGCAGAUGCGGCCGGUGUCGUGCUGCAGGCUGCUGCAGUGGAGGAAGAGAAGCAGGCAACAACAGCAGUAGCAGAAGAAAAGCCCAAGCAGCAGGAGGAGCAGCAGCAUCAGCAGCAGGAGCCUCUGGCAGGGCAAGCUGCAAUUCCACCCGCUUCGAUGGACUCCUCGCGGAUGGUCAUCGAACGGGCGACACCCUCCACAUCGGGCAUCAUCAAUGUGAAGGCCUAUCGCAGUCUCUCAACGCCCCGCAAGCGCACCUCCCACGUACGUACACUGACAUUCUCGCCGAAAGUGCCGUCCGGAAUGCUACCGAAUCCCAACACCACACCGCUGUCCACACGCAGGCUUGGAGUAGCCGCAGCCGCAGCCGCAGCCACUGCCGCUGGCAGCGCCAACGAGAAGCCCGUCAUCAAUAAUGUGGAGAUCAUACCAGCAGGAUCCGCGCUGGCGCCCGUUUCCGUUUCGGAUUUGAGUGCCAAUGACACCGGACACGGUGUCCCGCCGCUGUUUGCGAUGGAAGAGUGCAGCAAUCAGACGGUGAUUAAGGCCUCAUCGGCCAAGAAAUCAAAGAAAAAAGCAGCGGAAGCAGCAGCAGCCGCGGCAGCUCCUGCCAUGGCCACUGUGACGCCCAAGCGCAAGCAGAAGCGUCAGGCGGCGGUGAAUGCCUGCAAGAGGAUCAUUUCUCAGGCACCCGCACUGGAGGCGGAACCAACGGCAGUGGCCCCAAACGAAAUCGAGGCGGAGGCGUCGGCCAGCUCCUUGGAUCCCAAUGAUAGUGCCGAGGCCAGCAAAGAGAACCAACAGAAUCAGCCUCCAGAUAUGACCUCCUCAUCCACCAGCCAAAGGGAUCCCGAUGCGGGGCAGGACAUGCUGGCUGCCUGGAAUCGCCAUUUGAUUGGGUCCAGCAGCGAUCUGGAGAAUCGUCUGCGCGAGAUCAAUGCCAGGCAACAGGAUGAAGCACCAACCCCCACUGUAAAGCAAACACGCCACCGUCGAAAGGUGACGUCUACCGCCAAGAAGAAAAAGGAGCCCAAGCCCGAGGCCAAGCCAGAACCCAAGGCCAAUCCCAAGCCAGAGGUCAAGGCCAAGCCGGAGCCCAAGGGCGGCUUUGGGGCCGAUCGCUUCUAUUUGGGCCACUGGCAGGAGGGAAUUGGCAAGCUGUUCAGCUUCGGUGGUCUCGGCGUUUGGACCAUCAUCGAUGUCCUGCUCAUUUCGAUGCACUAUUUGGGACCGGCCGAUGGUUCGCUCUACAUUUAGGGUGGGGUGUGCUUGGGGAUCUGAUCUAUAGGUUUAAGAAGGACUGUUUGUUAGCCAAAAGCCUAGAACAUAAGCAAAAAUCUAACCAUUACCAUGUACAUAUGUAUUUGUUUUGUUCAAGAACACAUUAUUACAUAACGA